CGACAUUACAAACUGAACAAAUGGAAAAGUCUGUAUUCUCUUCCGUCGCCGUCAGUCCAGUCAACUCAGUUUGGCAUAGUGCUUUAUUCAAUGACGUGACUGACGUACAUUUUUGUAAUAUUAAAUAAACGUCCAUUUUAUUAUAUUGUGAGAAAAUGGAUCGCUUGCGAAUGCGUGUGAACUUUAAAUAUAUAACUAGUGUGUUCCUUUUGGUGUUUGCUGUUAGCCAGUCUACUAUUGCAUGGAACCCAGAAUAUGUUCUGGAUAGUGGAAGCUCGAGUUCAUUCCGCUAUGACAUUGAGACUUUCGACCACAGUCUUCGUCAGCGUAGAGAUGUGCCUCCGCCGCCCUUGCCUUCACCAGCGGGUUCUCCGCCCAACCUAACACAGACACCACCUCCCUCCGUGCAGCUAGAUCCAGCGCCAUCAACGAGCAACACAACAUCGUCCAAUGCUACACCGGGAUCCAACAAAACUGCCAAUGCUACUGAGAGUGCAACACCAGCUCCCGUAGCAUCAGUGACGCACACCCCGUUGCUAGGUGUUAACGGCUCAGGAAUUUUGCGUGUGAACCUCACGGCAAAUUUGCCCAUCAACCUAACUGAUACUAUGCCGAAAGUCAGCGACCCUAUCGUGCCAGAUGACAAUUUCACUGAUGUGUUUAAAGAAACACCGGAAAGGAUCGUGUCAGAGCAGAAUCUUUCUAACUUGACCUACGACCACCACGACUUCUACAAUAGCACCUUCAUCGGUAACGUGACCUUUUUCAAGGAUUACUGGGCGAACAUCACCAUCGACAAGGCAGAAGUUCACCAAGUGCUCAGCAAUUCACACAGGAGAGCCACUUCGAUACAACUCAGCUUUGAUUUCCCAUUCUACGGUCAUAACAUACGCAACGUGACGGUGGCAACCGGUGGUUUCAUCUACACGGGCGAACAUGUCCACAACUGGUUGGCAGCGACGCAGUACAUUGCCCCGUUGAUGGGUAACUUCGACACCACGCUCACCAACGACAGCAAAAUUAAACUACAUGAUGAUGGCGAAAAGUUCUCAGCAUUCUGGGAGAACGUCACUCUCCAAGAGGACACAUCGAAGAAGUUUACAUUCGCUGUGACGCUAUACAAGAACGGUGACAUCAUUUUCGCGUACAAAGAUAUCCCAAUCGACGUGCAAGAAAUCAAUGACACUGAACACCCUGUUAAAGUCGGUAUCAGCGAUGCUUACCUCACCGACAAAAUUGUCUUCUAUGUCCGCCGCAAGACGAUCUACGAGUAUCACCGCGUGUCUUUCAAGGACCAUCUUAUCACAAACAACACAGUGCUGAAGAUGACAGCUCUGCCCACCUGCCUGCAGUACGAUACCUGCGACUCCUGCCUUAACCAUAACACUGGCUUCAACUGCACAUGGUGCCCGCAGAUCCAAAAAUGUUCGAGUGGAACUGACAGAAACAAGCAGGAUUGGCUGUUGAGAAAAUGUGAGAAGACUACAAUAGUGAACGCUACAAGUUGCGCGGCGACUCGCAUCGAUGCUCCGAGUGACGCGAGCGGAGUCCCAGGGACCGGCAACACGGCCUACACCACCGACCAGCAAAGCGCCCGACAUGACACCGUUGUCAAUACACAAGCGGACGCACCGAAGUCGAACGCUGGUCAAACGGGUCAGGCUGCGCAAGCUUCCCCCACGGUCGAAGCGCACUCGCCCCUCGGUGGAGCCGUCGCCGCCUUCCUCUCUAUCACGCUGAUCUGCGCGGCUAUCUCGUGGAUAUUCUACGCAUUCAAAAACCCGCACACACGAAGCGGACAACUGCUAAUUAAGUACCGGCCGUCCCAAUGGAACUGGCGUCGCGGUGAAGCGCGCUACACUGCCGCCACCAUCCACAUGUAAACAUCCCCGCACCCACGACGUGCUUACUGGCACCAUACAGAUUUGUUGGCCAUACAACACCAUUAACACAUACUGUACUUAUAUACUAUUUAUAAACUUCAAUUUAAAAUACAAGCAAAGAAGUAAACUGGAUUCCGUUUUUCUUAAAGGUAAGUUUAUGUAUUAAUGUUAUGUAAAUAAAAACAACAUUAUUAAUUUUAGUAAAUCAAAAAUAAUAUAUUACAAAAAGUGUUGCUGUGUAAACCUAUGUUGGAAACUAUAAUUGAACUAAUAAGCGUUUGAAAGUGUCAUAAAAAUCCAGAUGUAUUUAAAAAUUAAUCUGUGUAUUUCAACUUGUUUACUGGAUCUAUGUGGCUAGAUUUUCUUUGUGAACGACAAUGUUGUAAUGAAGAGACUUGUGGAUAUCAUUCCUUAUCUCU